AGAAAUAUUGGUUACCUUUCCCCAAUUGGUAAAAUCGCUGGUCGAGUACUUAUCACAAGGUAUCGCUUGAGGUUUGAAGCCAGCGAUGGUAUUUGCCAAUUUGACGUACCUCUGGGUUGUAUUUCCAAAGUAGAAAAAGUUGGACAUUCCACUGUUAGUCGAGGUGAACAUGCGUAUGGUAUACUGAUAGGAUGUAAGGAUAUGCGACAUAUACGGUUCACUUGUCACCCUGCUACCCACAGCAGGCGUCCAAUGUUUGAUGCCUUACUUCGUUAUGCAUUUCCAGUUACGAAUAAACUGCCUCUCUACGCGUUUCUGUAUGCGAUUUCACUACGAGAAUCAUCACCACCAGCACCUGGUUCAAGGCCAUCGAUUGACGGCUGGACAUUGUAUGACGCAAAAGUGGAGUUGAACAGGCUUGGCGUACCGAAUGAGCAGUGGGCCUUGAGUCUACUCAAUCAUAACUACGACUUCGCAGACACCUACCCCAGACUGUUGGCGAUACCAACCGCUGUUGAGGCGAAAGGUCGUGAGUUCAUUGAGAGGGUUGGUGAAUAUCGUAGUCGACAACGGAUUCCAGUGUUGAGCUGGUUGCAUCCUGUCACGCAAGCGUCAAUCACACGCUGUUCGCAACCCAUGUCGGGCAUGACCAACAGGAAAUGUGCAGAGGAUGAGUGGUUUUUGAAGCAGAUCGUUCUUGCAAAUGCAAAUGCUCAUCAGCUGCUGAUCUUUGAUGCCCGUCCAAUUGUAAAUGCCAAAGUAAACAAAGCGAAAGGUGGAGGAUACGAGGAGUCGUAUGAAGAAUGUGCCUUGCUAUUUCUCAACAUUCAUAAUAUUCACGUUGUCCGGGAAUCUCUGCGCAAAUUGAAAGACUGCCUGUUCCCUCGUGUGGAUGAGAAGAAUUAUUUGAAGUUAUUAGAUGAGUCUAAAUGGCUGAAUCACAUUCAGUCGAUCAUAGAAGGCGCUGCACAAAUUGUCUCCGAAGUUGAACGUAAUCGUAAUUCGGUACUUGUUCACUGCUCUGAUGGUUGGGAUCGAACAGCUCAG